GAGAGAGACAGGGAAAGAGAGAGAGUCAGAGAGACGAAAAAUGGCUUUUCUUUGUCUUCUUUCUCUUAUAAAUCCAAGCCUUUGAUUAAAUAAAUCGCUACCCAAUUUGUCAAUAGUGGUUUUUGAGCUGUUUCAGAACCAAAACGCAGACAAAUAUUGCCAAAGAAAAGUUAUAAUUGCACACAGAAGCAAAACCAAAUUCUUCUUCUUCUUCUUCUUCUUCUUGUUCUUCUUCUUUUCGUUGGUUCUUGGACUGUUUUUUUUUUUUUUUUCAUUUUUUUCUUUUUGUGUUUUCAAUGGCCUCUGAUCUCUUCGUUUUCGAUAGCUCUUUCUACCAACAUUCAAGCUCAGACGCCGUUUCUUCUGAAGCUGAUUUCCUCUUUGCAGAAGACCAAUUCUCUCCCUUCUCAGAUUCCGCCAUUGAUAUCCUUCAAGCACUUUCAGACCACCCAACAACACAGCCAAACCAAAACCGAAACCCAGUUGAUGAAUCUCAUUCUCUGGACCAAAUUUCUUCUGGGUUUCUCUCUUCUUCACCUCCUAGUCAGCAAUUAGAAAGUUUGAGUCUUUGUCAGAACAAGACAACAACAACCCAGUUUCAGCCUCUUGAAAAUAACAAUUCGAAUUUGGGAAAUGGGUAUGGGAAUUUCUCUGUUUUGGAUGCUUUGCAGGUGAAAGAUGAAGAAUGCCAAAUGGGUUUCGAGAAUGCUUAUGAUACUCAUCAUCAACAAUUUGGUCCUCAUAGUUAUAGUGGUGGUGAUGCUGAAAAUGUGGCAAAGAUGAUGCAGAGGAGUUAUAGCAGUAAUUGUUUUGAUGGAAAACCCGGUUUUGUUUUUCAACCUCGUUUUGAUACUCUAAUGGAGUCUCCGAAUUUUCAGAACCAAGCCUUGAGUUCCCCUGAAAACAGCUUCUUAGCCGGUCAAAUGAGAAGGGUUUGCAGCACUGGAGAUUUACAAAAUUUUGGAACAGCUCGCUCGACACAGAGAUCUUUUUCGAGUCCUUUAGCUUCUGAGAACUCGUUCAUGGAAGAAAACAAUUUCAAAGUUGGAAAAUACAGUGCAGAAGAAAGGAAAGAGAGGAUAUCAAAAUACAGAGCAAAAAGAACACUCAGGAACUUCAACAAAACAAUCAAGUAUGCAUGCCGAAAAACACUAGCCGACAACAGACCCCGUAUACGUGGCAGAUUCGCAAGAAACGACGAAACCGGUGAGGUUCUCAAGGCUUCAUGUUCUAUUACCAGAGAUGAUCAAGACGAAGAUGAGCUCUGGAUGGAAGGUUUGCAUGAAGAAGAGGAAGACAAUGGAACAGUGGGAACAGGACAGUUCAUGAACAGUUGUUAUGGAGCUCCACAGUUUCAGUACCAUGGCUUUUGAUAGAGUUUUUAUUGAAAAGUGUUGAAGAAGCUCUUCAACCCCUUUUUUUUUUUCCUUGGUGAUGCUUUUCUUAAAAUAUAUUUAGGUUCCAGAUCACAAUAUGACCAAAAGAGAAAAAGGUCCUUCUGAGCAAAGAAUCAGAAGUAAAAAAACAAAAAAAAACAAAAAAAAAAAAGGGAAAAAAAAUCAAAUGUUGUUGAUGAUCGAGUUUAAUUCAGGUUUGGUAGUUAUAGGCUGGUAGUAGUUAGUUCCCAUAAAUUUGUUUU